AUGAAUCAAAACGCUCAAUAUGGUAACACAUACAAUCUGAACUGGAGGAAUCAUCCUAACUUCUCUUGGGGUGGAAAUCAGAAUAUCAGGCCUCAAGCUAAUUACAAUCAGCCACCUAAACCCCCGCAACAAUCAAAAGAGAGUUUGAAUGACAUGAUAAAAAAGCUCUUGCUAGACAAUCAGAAAGUUAUGGCUGAGAAUCAGCAAUUGUGCACAGAGUUCAGAAAUCUAGAGAGGCAGUUUGGGAAAAUGGCUAACAAUCAGAAUAUUAGACCUGUUAGAGCUCUCCCAAGUGAUACAGAGAAAAAUCCUCAAGUCAAUGCAGUGACGUUGAGAAAUGGUAGAGAGUUAGUAGAAGUGCCUAAAAAGAAAAAUGAGCAGUCUGGGCUCGAUAAAGAAAGAGUGCCAAAACCUGUAGAGGUAGAUGAGAGAAACAAAAUAGAGUCUGAGCAAAUAUCAAAGAGGGUUCCACCUCCUUUUCCUCAAAGACUGAGAAAGAAGAAUGAUAACCAUAUGCUUCACAAAUUUUUAGAUAUACUAAAGCAGAUACGCUUGAACAUCCCUUUAGUGGACAUGCUCCGUGAGGUCCCAAAAUAUACAAAAUAUAUUAAGGAUAUAGUGGCAAAUAAGAGGAGGUUAACUGAAUUUGAGACUGUCGCACUUGCUGAGGAGUGCACUUCCAAGAUUCAACAUAAGCUUCCACAAAAGCUUAAGGAUCCUGGAGCUCUGAGACCCACCACGGUGCUGCUACAUUUAGCUAACAGAUCUUAUGUUUAUCAUGAGGGGGAAAUUGAGGACGUCUUGCUGCAGAUUGGGAAGUUUAUUUUCCCUAUAGAUUUUAUCAUCCUGGACUACGAGGCUGAUGAGUUAGUUCCUAUCAUCUUGGGACGACCUCUUUUGGCCACUAGAGAUGCCAUUAUCAAAAUCCGAGAAGGUAAGAUAAUCCUGAGGGUGGAAAAUAAAGAAGCGGUCUUCAAUGUAUAUCGAGCCACUCAAUUGCCUCGUCAUUACGAGGACAUGGCCGUGAUUUCUGUGGUGGAGAUAAAUGAACUAGUCGUAGAGCCAAGUGCAUUUAAAGAAGAUGCACUAGAAAAGGCAUUGAUGUUGUUCAAUCACUUGGAACUGGAAGAAGAGGUUGAGGAGAUGUUACAAAUUCUGGAUGCAUCUUGUGAAUAUAUAAGAGAAAGAUCCUAG